AUGUGGCGCAGGUGGUACCGCUCGCGCGAGGGUCGUCUGCAGCCGGCCAGCGCGCCGGAGGACGGCUGGGCGUGGGGCGGCGGCGCAGCUCGCUGCGUGCGCGCCGCCGCCCACCACGCCGGCCUCUGGAUCUGCAAGGCUUACAAUGUGUUCGGCGACGCCACCGCGCACACCACGCUGCACGUGCAGGACUCACUCAGCGUCACCGUCACGCCCACCGUGCUAGUGGCACAGGCGGGCAGCACGGCGCGGUUCAACUGCAGCGCGUCGGACGCGCGCGCGGCGCUGAGCUGGCUGCACGACGGCGCGCCGGCGGGCGCGGGCGCGGCGCUGCUGCUGCGCGGCGUGGCGCGCGCGAGUCGCGGCGUCUACCAGUGCGUGGCGCGCCGCGCGCACGACUCCGCGCAGGCCGCCGCGGAGCUGCGCCUUGGCGAUUCGACACCGGAACUGCACUACACGUUCAUCGAGCAGGCGCUGCGGCCGGGCGGCGCGGUGUCGCUGCGCUGCGCCGCGUCCGCGUCGCCGGCGCCGCGCUUCACGUGGCUGCUGGACGAGCAGCCGCUCGAGCACGUGCGCGCGCCGCACCGCUACUUCAUCAGCGAGGAGACGUCGCUCAGCGGCGACGUGGUGUCCACGCUCAACAUGAGCUCGGUGGCGCCGGAGGACGGCGGCCGCUACACGUGCCGCGCGCACAACGCGCUCGGCCACGCGCACCACUCCGCACGCCUCAACAUAUACGGGCCGCCGUCAAUCCGCGCGCUGGGCCCGGUGCGCGUGGUGGCGGGCGCCAACGCUACCGUCUACUGCCCCUACGCCGGAUAUCCGAUCAGCUCCAUCUCGUGGUGGCGGCGCGGGGCGGGCGUGGCGGUGGGCGGCGCGGGCCGCGUGAGCGCGCGCGGCCCCGAGCUGCGCCUGGCGCCGGCGCUGGCGUCCGACGCGGGCGUCUACGCCUGCGCCGUGGCGGCGCCCGCGGGCCCGGCCGCUCGCCGCGACAUCGACAUACAAGUCCGCAACCCUCCGAAAAUUUCUCCAUUUAUUUUUUCAUCGGAACUCACUGAGGGUAGUUCAGUGCAGGUGCUGUGCGGCGUGUCGUCCGGGGACAAGCCCAUGUACUUCACAUGGCUUAAGGACGGGGCUCCUCUGCCGCCGAACCUACAGAUAGAAGAAAAGAGUCUGAAUGAGUUCUCUCUACUGAUGUUCUCGGAUCUGACGGCACGACACAGUGGCGAGUACACGUGUCGCGUGUCCAACCACGCCGCCACCGUCAACUACACCGCGCAGCUCAGCGUCAAGGUGGCUCCGGCGUGGGCCACGGAGCCCCUGGACGCGGCCGUGCUGCUGGGCGCGCCGCUGCAGCUCGAGUGCGCCGCGCGCGGACAUCCCGCGCCCGCUGUCACGUGGUACCGCCGUAUGGGCGAGGGCGCUUCGCUAGGCGGUGACAGUGGAGAGCAGUGGGAGCCGGUGGGGGCAGGCGAAUGGGGAGCAGACGGAGUGCGGGCGCGCAACGGUUCGCUCGCAGCCAGCGCGGCGGCGCGCGCGCACCAGGGCCUGUACCGCUGCGUGGCCGACAACGGAGUGGGGCCGCCGCUGCUCAAGCACGUCAACAUUACUGUGCACGAGCCGGCGCACCUGGAGGGCGCGGGCGGCAACGCGUCCAGCGUGCGCGGCCAGCCCGCCGCGCUCGCGUGCGUGGCGCGAGGCGACGCGCCGCUGCACGUGCACUGGACGCACCGCGGCGCGCGCCUCGACACUGCCUCCUACCGGUGGGCAGUGACGGAGACGCGCGCGGGCGGCGCGCUGCGCUCCACGCUGCAGCUGCGCGCCGCCGAGCGCGCCGACGCCGGCGAGUACCGCUGCCACGCGCACAACCAGUUCGGGCGCAGCGAGCAACUGCACUACCUGCACGUGGAAGAGCCGCCGGAGGCGCCGCGCGGGCUGCGGCUGGGCGGCGUGGGCGCGCGCUGGGUGCGGCUGCAGUGGGCCGCGCCGCCGGGGCUGCAGUACGCGGCGCGCUACACGGCGCUGCACGCGCUGCCCGCCGCCGCCGACCGCUCCGCCGCCGCCAACCUCUCCGUGCGGGACGAUGGGCCCAGAACAGACGCAGACGGGCUGCACACGCUGUCUGCCAGGUUGGAGGGACUGCGCCCUGCCGCCGCCUACUCCCUGCGCCUCACGGCGGCCAACCACGUGGGCGUGUCUCCGCACUCUGAACCUCUCAUGUUUACUACGCUGGAAGAAGCUCCCACUGCCUCUCCGCAAAAUGUAAGAGUGAGAGCGGCUAAUCCCGGGGAGCUGCACGUGUCGUGGUCGGCGCCGCCCCAGGACAGCUGGAACGGGGAGCUGCUGGGCUACGUGGCGACGUGGCGCGAGCUGGGCCGCGUGGAGGAGGAGGCGGGGGCGGCGCGCGCCGGCAGCGCGGUGGCGCCCGGCUGGAGCAGCGCCGAGCUCGCGCUGGGCGGGCUGCGCUCGUCCGCGCGCUACGCGCUCAGCCUGCGCGCCUACAACCGCGCGGGCGCCGGGCCCGCCUCGCCCGCCGCCUACGCCAGCACGCCGGACGGCGAGCCCGACGCCGCGCCGGCGCACGUGGCGUGCGAGGCGCUGUCGCCGCGCGAGCUGCGCGUGCGCUGGGCGCCGCUGCCCUCCGCGCAUGCGCUCCGGGGCUACGACCUCCACUACGCACCGCUGCACUUUGCUACCUCGUGGAGUGGCGCGCGCGCCGGGCCGGGCGGCGAGGCCACGCUGCAGGGGCUGCGCGCCGCCACCAACUACUCCGUGUGGGUGCGAGCACGCGCCGCCGCCGGGCCCGGCCCGCCCGCGCCGCCCGUCUACUGCGCCACCGCCGACGACGUGCCCGAGCCCGUGCAGCACGUGCGCGCGCUGCCGGCGGGCGCGGCCGCCGUGCGCGUCACGUGGCUGUCGCCGGCCGCCGCGCACCUCACGCACUACACCCUGUACACGCGGGAGCUCGGCAAGUUCGUAUGUUACUCGCUCGCAUGCCUCACUACCGGAGACAAUGUGCACUGCGCUGGUGGUGCAAUAGCUUCUGAGAUGUGUAGAGUGGGCGGCGAGUGGGCACAGCGCGUGGAGGCCGCGGCGCCGGAGAGCGCGCUGGGCGGCGCGCUGGAGCAGUGGCGCGAGGUGCGCGGCCUGCGCGAGCGCACCGUGUACGAGUUCUGGCUGCGCGCCGCGUCGGCCGCCGGCGCCGGCGCGCCCAGCCGCCCCGUCACGGCCGCGCCCGCUCCCUCACUGAUGGCCAGGAUAUCGUCGUUCAGUCGCGUGGUGGUCGCAGCUCUCGGGUCGCGCGUGCGGCUGCGCUGCGCGGCGGUCGGGGCUCCGCCGCUGCGCUGGCGCUGGUCGCCGCUGCCCGGCGCACACACGGUCACUGACGACGGGGAUCUCAUCAUACACAAGGUGGAGGCGGCGGCGAGCGGCAACUACACGUGCGAGGUGCGCAACGCGCUGGGCUCGGACGCGCUGGGCGUGGCGCUGUCGGUGCGCGCGCCGCCCGCCGCGCCCGCGCCGCGCCUGCGCAGCGCCGCCGCGCACGAGCUGCGCCUCGCCUGGGACCCGCCGCACGACGGUGGCGCGCACAUACUCGGUAACACGAGCCUAAUCAACUUCUAA